AUGGACAAGUUCAAGGCCAUGGACAAGGCAAAUAACCCUCAAGGCGCUAAACCAAACUUUGCCCCUGGUGGACAUCGUUCCGGACCGGCUAGUGCAAAGGAGGCAAUGCUCAAUUGGUGUCGAGCUGUCACCAAGGGAUACGAAGGUGUGGAUAUCAAAAAUUUCGGCAGUAGCUGGAGCGAUGGUUUGGCUUUUUGCGCAAUGAUUCACCACUUCUAUCCGGAUUCGUUCAAUUUUGCCGAACUGAAACCGGAAAACCGCCGCCAUAACUUUGAAUUGGCCUUUGAGAAAGCUGAGAAAUUGGGAAAUGUCUCCCCGUUGCUAGACGUGGAAGACCUAAUGCGUAUGAAAGUUCCCGACUGGAAGUGCGUUUUUACCCAGAUUCAGCUAUACUACCGUCGAUUCCAUCUGGAGGAAGGCAAGAACGCCCAUGUACCACCGGUCGGUAUCAUUCCCAAGGCUGCACCGCCGCCACCGAAACCAGACGAGUAA